CUUUUUAGCCGGGAUGUUUUCCUUCCCCUUUUAGCAACACGUGCUUGAAAACUGCCGGCCCCUAUUAGGGCUUGGAAAACUCGGCUGCUGGCUGAAGGGAGUAAAUCAAAUUCUUGGAGGAAGAAAAAAAGAAAAGCAGGAACACUACAAAAAAAAAGCAGGAACGCGGCGUGUUUUCCCCACAACUUUGGGAUGGGAGCGAGCAGCCGGGGGGGAAAGGGAAGCCAGGGAGCCCAACAAGCGGCCGGAGCCGCUCCAUGCUACAGGAAGCCGUGGCCUCCGGUGAUAAAUAGGGAAGCCGGGAGCACAGGAUGUGUUUGGGGAGAGCUCGGCGGAACACCGGGAUGUGAGCGCCGUCCGUGACUCCUCCGUCCCUCUGUCCAUUUGUCCGGCRGGAUGGCCACGCUCCGGCCGCUGCUCCUGCUGCUGCUGCUGCGGGCGCGGGGAUGCGGAGCGGAGRACGCGGAGGUGCUGUGCGCCGACAGCGCCUGCUACACCCUGCACCGGGAUAUGAGCAGCUGGAAAARCGCCCAGGAGCGCUGCCGGGAUAACGGGGGCAACCUGGCCCCGGUGGGCAGYGCCGGCGAGGCCGCUCGGCUGCGGGAGCUGCUGGACGCUGCCCGCUGGUCCGAGCCGGCCUGGAUCGGGCUCAGCCUGCCCAGGGGUCACUGCGUCCAGCCGCAGGAGCCGCUCCGAGGCUUCUCCUGGGUGGCCGGAGGGGAGCCGGGCGACUUCUCCGAGUGGGCAUCCGAGCCGGCGGACACCUGCGUGAGCGCCCGCUGUGUCACCCUGCGGCCCCCCGGCCCCCACGGGCCCGGCGGCUGGGCCGACCGUCCGUGCCGCAGCCCGCUCCCGGCUUUCCUCUGCAAGUUCAGCUUCCAGGGAAUGUGCGGGCUCCUGCCGCUGGCCGGGCCCGGCACGGUCACCUACUCCACGCCGUUCGGGGUGCGCAGCUCCCGCCUGGCCGCCGCUCCCUUCGGGACGCUGGCCGAGGUGGAGUGCGACGGCGGCGGGGGCUCGGCCUUCGCGCUGUGCAAGGGAGCGCUGGACGGGGGUGGCUUCGCCUGGCACCCGCCGGGCCCGCUGUGCCCUGUCACCUGCGGCCACCAGAACGGCGGCUGCCAGCAGCUCUGCCUGCACGGGCCCGGCGGGGCCCCGCGCUGCGCCUGCCACCCCGGCUUCGUGCUGGCYGCCGACAUGGCCUCCUGCAUUCCCRAGGAUUCCUGCCAUCCCAACCCCUGCCAGGGAACCUGCCGGACCCURCCCGGCGGCUUCGAGUGCGGCUGCGAGCCCGGGUACAGCCUGGCACCGGACGGACGCGGRUGCUUGGAUGUGGAUGAAUGCGAGUCCGGGCCGUGCCAGCACCGGUGCCGCAACAUUCCCGGCGGCUUCCAGUGCCUCUGCCACCCUGGCUACCGCCCCGCGGGGCCCGAUGGCCUCCACUGCCACGACGUGGACGAGUGUGCCGAGCCCCACGCGUGCCCUCAGCUCUGCAUCAACAUUCCCGGCUCCUUCCGCUGCGCCUGCCGGCCCGGCUUCCAGCGGCAGCCGGGAGGAGAUUCCUGCCUGGAUGUAGACGAGUGCCUGCGGGAUCUGUGUCCCGGCGCCUGCCGCAACUUCCCCGGCGGCUACGAGUGCCUGUGCCCGCCUGGCUCCAUGCGGGAUGCGGGUGGGCACGGCUGCAUCCCCGGAGGGGCGAUCCCAAACAGCAUCCCACAGAGCUCCAGCAUCCCACAGAGCACCGGGAUCGCACAGACCUCCAGCGUCCCGCAGACUUCCAGCAUCCCACAGAGCACCGGGAUCCCACAGAGCACCAGGAUCCCACAGAGCACGGGUAUCCCACAGACCUCUGGCCACCCACGCACCGCCGGUAUCAUCCCACGGACCACCAGCAUCCCACGGACUCUGGGAAUGCCCACCGUGGGAUCGGGCGCCGGCUCGGACGAGCACAGCGCCGACGGCCCGCGGCUGCUGCUGUACUACAUCGUGGGCAGCCUGGUGGCCAUCCUGCUCCUGGUGGCGUUUGCCCUGGCCCUCGUGGCCUGCAGGAGAAGGGCGGCCCGGAGGGAGAAGCCGCCGGCCAAGAAUGCGGCCGAUAAUUAUUGCUGGGUGCCYGAGCAGCCCGAGAGCCGCGGGGAGYGCAGGUAGGAGGGGGUUAAAAGUCCAAAUGAAAGGGUGGAGGGAAUGCUGUGUGUCCAAAGGGAGCUCCUCUGGCUGUUCCAGUGGGAUUCACAGUCCUGCCGCUCCAAGGGGUUAACGGGAGGGGGAGGGAACAGGGUGGAAUUUGCCUCCUCAGCUCUGCAGAACCUCCAAAAGGCAAAUUGGAUUUAUUGGAUCGUGCUCCUAAAGGAAAACUGCUCAUUUGGGGUUCUCAACCCCUCCUCACCCCUCCAUCAUGGCUGCAUACCAGCUGGGAUUUGCCUCGUUCUCCUGGAAAAGGGUUUGAAAUUGGGAUGUGAAAAAGUUUGAAAUUCUCCUGGAAAAGGGUUUGGAAUUGGGCCAUGCAUCAGCAGAGUGAGAACAGCCCCCUGCAGGCACAACCAGGGUGGGGUUUAAGGGUUUAUUUUGGGGGUUUUAUUAAAAAUCUGUUGCUUAAACCCACGGAAAACUGCUCAGCACAGAGCCAAGGAAUGGCAUAAAGGUAGGAAAAGCUGUGUUUGGAAUAACCACAUCCUCAUUUCCAGAGUAUCCUGCCUAAAUCUACUUUUAAACAGAGAAAACAAUGCCCUCCUUCCCAUCAGCCGCAUGGGAGGCUGGCCUUUUCCUGUUGAAUCUUUUUUUUGGGGGAAGGAUCCUUCCUGGCUCCAGGCUGAGCAUAUUUUCCCUCUUUGCCUGUGUAAAGAACACGCUGGGAUUGGAAUAUUAGAUCAUCAUGGGUAAAACUUGUAACUCCCCAAAAACUCUCCAGGCCAAGUUGGUCCCCAGGUACUUCCCCAAAUUUCUUGGGCCUCUUCCAGCUGUUGCCAGCAGGAAUUCUCCCCAAAAUCCUGAGGGGCACACCCAGCAGCACCUCCUCCUUGGUCUAUCCAUGCUCUGAAGGGUUGGAAAAGAAUAGCCAUGGGAUUUGAAGCAGCUUCCCAAAGUUUCUGUCGGAAUUAUGGGUCCUUGGAUCCGAAUUGCUACAGAAAUGGGAAUGGAACACAAAGGAGUUUGCAGUGGGCAGGGACCUGCAUCCUGUCAUUCCAUGUGUGGAGGAAAACCCUUUCCUGCUUUUUUCUUGUCUUCGGGGCUCCAUUGUGAGCUGAAAACAGGAAAAUGGAGCUGAUAGGAAUGUUUUCCAUGUGCUGCCUGGGUUAGGAGAAAACGGGGAAUGCAGCAGCAAGAUUCUUGGAAAUCCUGCUGAAAAGUUCCUCCCCAAGCCAGCAAAGCAUUGGGAAUACCUGGAUUAAUUAAACCACUGAAUUAUCCCAUCCAAUUAUGCUGGUUUGGGAUCUGUGGGAAAAGACAGCCUUGAGUUUUUUAUGGGAUAUAAUGCUGUAAAAAAGGGAAAAGGAAAGAUAAGGGUGGAGUUAGACCUGGGAAAAAACUGAGAUGUGUUGUUUAUUCCCAAAAAAAUUAUAAUCCCGAUUUCUGUUACAACCUCUGUGUAUUCCAGUGGGGAAUGACGAUGGAUUAAGCCUAGGGAAGACUUGCAUUCAUGCCAAGGUUUAGUUUGGAUUCUCCCUGGUGGAGUAUUUCCUGCUGUAGCAUCCUCCCUUCCGGUGCAAUUCCACCUGGAUCCAACCUCAUGUCUCCCAUUUUUCCUACCACAACCUUUUGAUCCAUGUCCUCCUUAGAAAGUUACCCAGGGACUGGUGAAUCCCACAAACCAGUGCCUUGUCUUCCACAGGAGAUGGGAUAUUCAUCCUGCUCCUUGGAAUUGUUUUUGUCAUGGAUGGGUGUUUUGUUUUCCCAGAGUGAAACUCUUGGAUUCACAGGAUAAAGUUAUCCCAAUGAUGCUUUCUGGAUGCAAUUCCAAGAAAACCAGAACAAAAAUGUGUUUGCUGUGGGUUUUAAUAAAGAUAUUCCUAAAAAUGGUUUGGUG